GGACUCUUGUCGUGCACCUGAUACCACGAUGGAUGACUAUCCGAUGUAUGGGCUGCUUGCAGGGUUCCCCAGGCUUUUGGCCCACUUUCACGUGUAGAGUAGGGACGCGGGGUGGUACUUCCACCCAACCUUACACGAAGGAGGAGGAGGAGAAGAUGGCCGCCAUCCUGCAGGAGAGAAAGGAGAAGGAGGAGGCCAAGAAAAAGGCCUUGCAGGAGGAGCAAGCGACAAAAUUGAAGAAGAUGGAGGAGGAGAUGGCUAGAGAAAAAGAGAGGUUGAAGAAGGAGGAAGAGGAGAAAUUGAAAGAGAUGGAAGAGGAAGAAGAAGAUGAAACGCCACUGCAACGGAGGAGAGGGCAGCACGGUGGUAGCAAAGAUGAAGAAAUGGAGAAACGGAUUUCGGAGUGGGUCGCCAACUCAUCCCUGGGCGAAGACGAAGAGGUAACCAUGUAUAUCCCCAAGGAUGAGCAGGAAGCCGCUAUGAAGAAAUGGGAAGAAGAAGAAGAUGUUCUGAAGCGGCAGGCGAUGGAAGAUGAAACGAGGAUGGUGUGGAAACUCGCAAUGAUGAGGGAGAAGAAAAGAAGAGUGGAGGCGGCAAGUGAGGCGGUUAAAGAGCUGGAGGAGGUGCAAAAACUAACUCUACGAUUGACCCCCCAGGUAGACCUCCAACAAAAGGUGGAUAUCAUUGCCCAGAGCAUCCAACGUUUAGCGAGGGUACAAGAACAGCAAUACGAGUUUAGCCGAAGUCAGGACAUAGCUGUGCGUUCGAUGCGGAUGGGGUUCCGGGACUUUGCCCGCGAAUUGGUAGGAGCUGUAGGAGCCGAGGUGAAUCAUCGCCUCGAGAAGACUGAGCGUUUUUGUGUUGGCGCAAUUGAAGGCGUCAAGGUGGCAGCUCCCAAGGAGGGCGAGCCGCGUCCUCGUAGGGAGCCAGUCAAAGUUAAGUUCCCUGAUUCCUACACUGGAAAGAGGGAAGAAAACUUUGACAAUUGGGAGGCCAAUGUCAAGACCUAUGUGCACCUGCAACAGGUCUCCCCGGAUCAGCAAGUCUUGAUUGCGAUCCAUGCGCUCAGAGACCAAGCUGCCAGCUUUGCAAGGUCCCUAGUGCGCGCCGCUAACUGCAAUGAUGAUGCAGUUACCUAUUCGUCAUUCACCUCCCUCGCUGAGUUCAUGAAAUUGCUGCGCGAGCGAUUUGCAGAUGUUGCUCGCAGUGUCAAGGCCUCAGAUAAGCUCUAGACAAUCCACGCUCGUAAGUGGAAGAGCGCCAAGGCACUCAAGAGCACCAUGGACGAA